GUUUCAUUGCUUCAAUUGUUCCUCUUUCCCUGUCUUUGCUUCAAUUACUUCAAUCUUUCUCAUAGACAACCACCUCUUGUCUUAUAAUUCUGUUGUUUCUGCAAGGACAUGUCUUUCAUUGGACAGGCUGCACUAUCAGCUUUGAUGGAACUGCUUAUUAAAAAGAUGGCUUCUGUUUCCAUGGAAUAUUUGAGCUCCAAAUAUCAAGAUCGAAAGCAAGUCCAUGCUGAGAUCAAGAAAUGGGAAAAAAUGUUGACUAGAAUUCAAGCUCUGCUUGAUGAUGCAGAGGAGAAGCAAAUAACAAAGCAAUUGGUGAAGAUCUGGCUUGGGGAGCUCAAAGACUUGGCUUAUGAUGUGGUAGACUUCUUGGAUGAGUUUGCUACUGAAUCUUUACAGCGCCGGUUGAAGCACAAAACUCGAGCCAGCACAAGUGAGGUUCGAAAUUUCUUUCACAUUGUUGCCAGGGCCUUCAAUCCAAGAGCUGUUAUGUUUAAUUCUGAGAUGACCAAGAUAAAGGAGAUAACCACCAGAUUACAAGACAUUACGGCACAGAGAAAUCACUUAGAUUUGAGGGAGAAUGUUGGAGGGCCAUCCAGUAAGGUAUGGCAACGACCUCCCAGUACAACACUUGCCCGGCUUGUAUACAGUGAUGAGGCAGUGCAACAUUUUCAUAUAAAAUGAUGGGUUUCUGUGUCUGAUGCGUUUGACAUUUUGAGAAUAACAAAGAGCAUUCUUAGUCGGAAUACUAUGAAGUCCUGCGAUCUGAACGAACUUAAUCAAGUUCAGCUAACAUUGCGUGAAGAAUUAGCAGGGAAGAAGUUUUUGAUUGUUUUAGAUGAUGUUUGGACCGAGAAUUAUGAAGAUUGGAGUGUUCUGCGGCCCCCAUUCAUGGAUGGAGCACCAGGAAGUAGAAUACUUCUGACAACACGUAGCAUAGCUGUUUCACGGAUGAUGGGAACCGUUGAGUUUCACCAACUGCAAAAUAUUUCAGAUGAUGGCUGUUGGUCACUAUUUUCCAAACAUGCAUUUUAAGAAUAGAAGUAUCAGUGCAUGUCCAGAUCUGGAAUUCAUCCGUGAAAAGGUCAUAGAAAAGUGUAAUGGCUUGCCUUUGGCAGCAAGAACUUUGGGUGGGAUCUUACGCUCCAAAACAUGAAGUUGAGUGGAAAUAUAUAUUGAACAGCAAUAUAUGGAGUUCACAAAAUGACCAAAGUGGCAUUCUUCCUGUCUUGAGAUUAAGUUACCAUCAGCUGCCAUCAAAUUUAAAGAGGUGUUUUGCCUAUUGUGCAAUAUUUCCAAAGGAUUAUGAGUUUGAGGAGAAGGAAUUGAUCCUUUUAUGGAUGGCAGAAGGUUUGAUACAGCCAGUGGAUAGUGAAAAGGAAACGGAAGAUGUAGGUGCUGAGUAUUUUCACGAGCUAUUGUGUAGAUCACUUUUUCAACCGUCAACUAAUGGUGAAUCUUUUUUGGUUAUGCAUGACCUUGUGAAUGAUCUAGCACAAUGACAUGCUGGAGAUACAUGCUUCAAUUUGGAUGAUAAACCAAGGAUUGAUGAAGAAUUCAUAAAAUAUAGAGCUUGUCACUUCUCUUUCAUUCCUGGCGAACUUGAUGGGAUUAAAAAGUUUGAACUUCAUUCCUACCUUUGCCAAUAUGGGAUUCAACUAACUACUUGUCAAAUAAAAUUCCUUUUGAUUUGUUACCAAAGCUUAAGUGCUUAAGAGUGUUAUCUUUUAGUUACUACAACAUCACUGAGUUGCCAGAUUCAAUUGGUGAUUUGAAACCUUUAAGAUAUCUAAAUCUUUCAUACACUAAAAUCAGAAUUGUAACUGAGUCAGUAACUUCACUAUGCAACUUACAAACCUAUUGAUGGAGGGAUGUUGGCAUCUAAGAAGUUGCCUUCAAGCAUGGGAAAUUUGCUUAACCUGCGUCAUCUUGAAUUUGUAGUGGAUGGGAUGCCAAUGGGAGUCAAAGAAUUGAAAAAUCUCCGCGCUCUGUCUUAUUUUCCAGUGGGUAAAGAUGGUGUUAAUAUAUCAGCCCUGCUGAACUUAAAAUUUCUUCGGGGGGCACUCUGCAUUACUGGGUUGGAGAACGUGACUGAUGCUCUACAUGCCAGGGAGGCCAAUUUGAUAGGUAAAAAAGACCUGGAUGCUUUGUUGCUAGAAUGGAAAUAUGAUGAUGUGAGAAAUGAGAGACUUGACAGAGAUGUACUUGAUGGACUGCAACCUCAUGGAAAACUGAAAGAGCUCACCGUAAAAGGCUACAGUGGUAUGGAACUUUCUUCUUGGGUAGGAGAUCCUUCAUUCCAUAAUCUAGUGACCUUAUGUUUAGAGGACUGCAAAAAAUGCAGGUGCUUACCUCACCUAGGGCUGUUACCAUCUGUCAAACACCUUGUUGUCAAAAGAAUGUAUGGUAUAAAACGGGUGGAUCACGAAUUUCAUGGGGACAGAAAUAUGAAUCAUUUUCCAAAACUGGAAACUCUGCAAUUUAUGAAUAUGGUUCAACUGGAAGAAUGGAAUCCGAGUGAGGUUGAAUUCCCAUGCUUGAGUGAGCUUACCAUUAAAGAUUGUCCCAAAUUAUCAGGAAAUUUAUCCGGCCAUCUUUCUUCAUUUAAAAAGCUUGUGAUUAGAAACUGUGACCAAAUGGUGGUUUUGCUUCCAAGCCUCCAAAUGUUGUCCAAGCUAGAAAUCAGAAACUGCAAAGAGGUGGAUUGUAGAUAUAUGAAUGUCUUUGGUUCACAAAACUCUUUGGUACUCCAUGAAAUUUCAAAUAACGUAACACUCAAAGAGGCGUUCAUGCAAGGCAACAACUUUGAGCAAAAUCAUGGGAGAUAUAUUUCCUUCUACGCUACCAACAAGUUAUAUGGCUACCAGUCAAAUUGAAAUUGUGAAAUUAAUUUGUUGUGAAAGCCUGCUGCAAUGCUUUCUUAACCUCAUGUCGCUUAGACUUCUAACAAUAGAAUGUUUCCCAGGACUUGUUUCUUUCCCAGAAGCUGGUUUUCCUCCAAGUCUGAGAGCUACUCGGGUUAGACUGUGCAUGAAUCUCAGUUCUUUACCUGAUGCAGUUCACAGCAGUGCAUGUCUUGAAGACAUGGAAAUUUACAUGUGCGAUUCUCUGGUGUCAUUUAAAAGAGGCCAGCUACCUCCAACUUUUAAGCGGCUGAAGAUAAGAUAUUGCAAGAAUUUGCACAGCUUACUAGAUAAGGAAGAAGAUUCUUCUUUUCCUCUUGUAAUAUCCCCCAUCUUGAGAAUUUGGUAGUUUCUAGUCGUGAGUCUCUUACAUCAUUAUCAGCAGCAAGCAAGUUACUGCUCACGCUUAAAGACCUUAAGGUUGAUUUUUGUUCAAGCUUGGAGUCAAUAGCAGAGAGCUUUGGCAACAACACAUCUCUUGAACGUGUAAAUAUUAGAUGGUGCCAUAAUCUUAAAUCUUUACCUGACGACCUUCACAAGCUUAUCAAUCUCCGUAAGAUUAACAUAGUUGGUUGUUUAAGUCUUGUUUCCUUCCCAUGUAGAGGGUUGCCCACCACCCAUCUGAAACUACUUCAGGUUAGAGAUUGUUUGAAACUUGAGCCCCUUCCUGAUAACAUACACAACCUCACAUCUCUUCGAACAUUGGUUUUAUAUAAUUGUCGAAGGAACAUAUCCUUUCCAGAUGAAGGUUUACCCACCAACCUCACAAUACUUGAUAUUUCUUUGUCCAACUUCUGCAAGCCAUUGUUUGUGGGGUUGCACAGGUUCACAUCUCUUAGACAACUUCAUAUCAGAGGUGAUGUCCAGACGUGCUGUCCUUUCCAGAUGAGGAAAUGGGAAUGAUGUUGCCUUCCUCACUCACUCCCUUGUUCAUUAGAGAUUUCCCAAAUCUCGAAUACCUCUCCACGAAAGGCUUUGAAAGCCUUGCCUCGCUUCAACUUCUAUUGCUCCAGAGUUGCCUCAAGCUUGCCUCCUUCCCAAACAGUCUACCUCCCUCACUUUUGGAACUGUAUGUAAUAGAUUGUCCUCUGCUAAAAAAGAAUUAUGAGAAGAAUAAAAGGCAAGUGAGAUCGAAGAUAGACAACAUUCCCUGCGUCAAGAUAGAUAUGAAAUCAGCCUUUAAACCAGAAAAUGAUUCUGAAGAGAAUGGAAUGGAUAGUGAUGAGGAAGAAACUUAUGAUGACCUAGAUGAGGAAGAAAUGUAUGAUGAUGACCCAGAAGAAGAAGAAAAGGACACUGAUUGUGAAGAGGAAGAAACAGACAGCGGCUCUGAAGUUGAAGAUGAAGGAUAAAAAAAAUGAUAAUUGGUACUUCCAAUUGGUAGUAGUCGGAAGCUUUUAGGAAAUUACCUUUUUUUUUUUUUUU